AUGAAUAUGGAUCGUCAUGUGAAUCCCAACAUGGUAGGUAAAUUCCCAACUGGAAAGAUAUACAGCGUGAGCCCUGGCUCAACACACGGCUCCGGACAAUCUAUCCCAGAGAAUACAAGCACAAUGAAUCUCAGCACAACUCUCACGAAGCAAAAUCAGAUGAUUUUCGUCGCCAAACCAAGCCCCCCGCCCCCUUAUACCAAAGCUGGAUCAAACUACUCUAGUCCCCGAUCAAGUAUCGCUAGUAUUACAAGUUACGACUCUAAAGGAUCAAAUGGAAGUCCUCGUACAAGCUUCGUAAUUCCUUCGGGACCUCCUCCUCCUUAUGAUGCUAUUCAGUAUCAGAGAUAUACAAACAGUCCACACUCAAGCGCUGCCAGCCAGCGAUCCAGUCUCAGCGCAAAUUCAGCGGAUUCUAAACAUUCUAGCCCACGUGCAAGUGUAACAGGAAUAUCAAAUCCUUUGUAUGAAAAGCAAAGUCCAAGAGAUGGUAGGUUUCCAGUUUCACAACAGGCUGUAGGUCAAGAUAUGUUAGACUCUCGGUUCUUGGCUAUGUCCAGAGCGGGGGUAAUAUCAGUGAGUGAUAGUCGCUAUAAUGAACCAGCACCUCCUGCCCCGAAUGUAUACGACUCAAGGCUGAAACAUUUACAGCAUGUCACUCAACAGCAUCAUAUGUUAGGCAAAGCUCCUGCCCAGGGGAGGCAUAUUAUGGGGGAUCAGGGUGGACACAGAACCCAGUAUACAUCCCAGCCUUUGCUGGCUAUGCUUCACAGUGGGAGUAACACACCACAGGGUUCCAUGACCUCUCUUAAUAGCGUACCCAUGACGGCACCUAAUAGACUUGCCAAUUGUGUCAAUAGUGGAUCAUUACCUAAUGUGGCCUCUGUUGGUCAGACGGAUCUAGAGGCGGAGCUACGACUCCGUGCGUUAACCCAGCAAUUAACCAAAGAUCUUACAAUCUCUACUAAGGAGCCUUCAGAACCCCCACCACCUUAUCACGGACCCCAUAACAUAAUAGAAAACUCUCCUCUUUCUGUGAGUAGUGGCUCAAGUACAGCCAGUCCCCAACCAAAUGGUAGCAUCUCCAUAGCAGCUGGAGAUAUGGUUUCCUUGCCAACAGGAGAAAGGGUUGCCAGGGUGAUGGGGGUAGAGAAAGGUCCUGUUAGUGAGGCGGAACGUAAAGUUGAUGCCCUAACCCUAAGACUAGAGGAAGAUAUGGAACGGCACCCCUCUGGUGACUAUUUCGGUCAGUGUUACAGCUGUGGUGAAAAGGUAACAGGAACCAGUGAUGCAUGCCAAGCCAUGGGAAACCUUUAUCAUACCAACUGCUUUGUAUGUUGUUCUUGUGGGAGGACCCUCCGAGGCAAGGCAUUCUAUAAUGUACAUGGGAAGGUUUAUUGUGAGGAGGACUAUCUCUACUCAGGCUUCCAACAAAUGGCGGAAAAAUGUGCAGUUUGUGGACAUCUCAUUAUGGAAAUGAUUCUACAAGCUAUGGGGAAAUCCUUCCAUCCAGGAUGCUUCAGAUGCUGCGUGUGCAAUGACUGCCUCGAUGGUGUCCCGUUUACAAUUGAUGUAGACAACAAAAUAUACUGCGUUAAGGAUUACCACAAACUCUACGCGCCUCGCUGUGCAGCUUGUGGCAAGGCAAUAGUCCCAGUGGAGGGGACAGAGGAGACUGUGAGAGUGGUGUCCAUGGACAAAGAUUUCCACGUGGACUGCUACCAGUGUGAGGAUUGUAGUAUGCAGUUGACAGAUGAGCCUGACAAACGCUGUUACCCAUUAUUACAAUCAUUAUUGUGCCAUGGCUGCCAUAUAAGGAGAGUAGCUGAAAGUGGCGGGGCUAUUGCAAGUCCUCAAAUGGCAAACCAUGUCGUGGAAAACCAUUAUGAACCUAUUGGACCUGCCCGUCAGGCAAUGUUUACCCGUCAAUCCACUCCACCCAGGCAAGCAUACCAAGCCCCUGGGGCUAAGCCAGAAAUACCCCCUAGACAGCAGACUUAUGUUACUCCCACACCUCCCCAACCUGAGCCCCCCACACGCCAAGGGGGCUUCCACACCCCUCCCCAGGACCCUAGGAGGACAUCUUUAUCUGACUCACCGCGCCAAAGUCCAGUGCUUAUGUACACAGGUCAAAAACCUGAAGUAGAGCAUCGUCAGAGCCCUCUAUAUAAUAACACCAGUAACUACCCUCCACAGACAGCUAAUGGAUAUGCAUACACUCCUCACCCCUCUACAGAUCCAAAAUACCAAAUCACAGAUCUCUAGUCUUAGGAUAACAUUUAAAGGGUGAUAUUUAAGGAGAUUUUAUGGACAGCCCCUCUCACAGCCAUUUUUAGGGGGAUGUAAAAUGUUUGAAUAAUUAUAAAUCUACAGAGACCAGUUUGUUGUUGUUAUACACAAAAAGCAUACAAAAAUCAUAGAGAGUAUCUACAGAAAUUGACAAUCAAACAAUUUUCAUAUUUUCAUGUACAAUGUAUGUAUCAUGACAUAGUAUGUUUUGGUCAGAUAGAAUCUGUGUAUGCUGUUGCAUUGUAGCCCACUUGAUAUGGUGCUAGAUUUAUAGUAACAUAUUUCUGUGUAAUUGUAUUGUUAGAAUAUACACCAUAGAAAGUGUAUGUAUUGUUGGUGGAUGACAGAUAUGUCACCCUACACCUCCAAUCUACUUGUAUUAUUUUGACCCAGUUUUGAAACCAAAUUUCGAUGUUCUGGCACCAUUUUUAAAUGAUAUGAUGUGUUGAAAAUAGUAGAAAAGUUGUAGUUCUCCAAAUGGUGUCGAAUAGACACAAGACA